AUCGACCAUUGAGUGGAUUGCAUGUGGGUGUUGUCAAUGCAUUGACUAAGUGUGGCGCUCACAUGAAAGGCAGACAGACAGACAGACGGACAGACACACAGACAGAUAGAUAAGAGCAUUAUGAAGACCCGCGAGUACCGUACCAGGGGGGAAAAAUACGUUGGUGUCUCUCUUUUCUUUGUGCAGUGUCUCACUGCACUCGUGAGGCCCUCCCUCCCUCCCUCAUAAGCCACUCAUUACCCAGCCACAACCCCACGGACACACAAAUGCCCGUACAAGUACACACCACAGCAUCCAUGGCUGGCUGGCAGCCACAAAAGCCGCCCAGCUCGCCUCGCCACGCCACAGUCACAUCUCAACACACAGACAUCUCAACACACAGCAACAAAACACGGGGAUGCAUCGCGAGAGACAGACAGAUAGACAGACAACCCCUCCCCCCGCUCCUCACCAUUACAGCACUCCGACGUACCCUCUACGCUUCGACGUAGUCUGUACGUCUCGUCAUCAUCACACGACAUGGACAGCUCACGCAUGCACCGCACGUGUGUUAUCUUACUAUAAAGGCAGGCAGGCCACUAUAAAGGCUCAUGCAGACAGACAGACAGACAGGAAACCUGCAAAAAGGCAGCUGCUGCGAUCCGAUGGGCCAUCGAUGCGAUCCCAUCUCCAUCUCUGGGCUGACUGGCGGUGGGCCACACAUACACAAAAGAUGUAGGGUAUGCCCCCUCCCUUGGCUGUUCUGCCCGAAUUCUAUCUACCACUCUUGACGACAGAACGCACAAAUGCCUCCCACCUACCUAAGCUACCUACCUAAGUACGAUCGACACGCCCGGCUCUCUCUAGUCUAUGUGUCGGUGUCCUCCGAGAAUCGCACCGACUUCUUGGACGCACAGGAGCCGGUGGUGCUCUGACGAUCCACACCGCCCGCCAUCGCCAUCUCUCCCCUCUGCACAACAGCUUGGCCGGGGCCGGGGACGUGGUUGUGGUUGUGGUUGUGGGCGUCGUCACCCUCUGGGGACUGGUGGACGCUGCUGUGCUCUCUGGAAGCCAUCUCCAGCAGCUCCUUGCUCACAGGGCCGAGCACCUCUGUCGGCUGUGUGCUGAUGGUGCCGCCAGGGGUCCUGACUGCCUCGCCAUCGGACUCCUUCUCCUUCCCAUCCCCAGCAGCACCAUCACCGUUGCCGUCCACGGUGCUGCCGGCGGUUGACGAGUGCAGCGGUGCCCGGGGUGCCCGCUUGAGGCAUGGGCAGAAGGGUGCGAAGUAGGACUGGAUGAUCUCCAGCCGCUUGGACACGAUGAGCAUUGCCAGCCGCAGCCGCGACUUGGAUCUCUUCGUCUUUUGCCGCUUGCGGAUGAGGUCCUCCAAAUCCAAUUGCAAAAUCUCAGACUGUCUGAGGAUUUCGGUGUGGACGCUGUCCUGACGCUGCAGCACCCGGGUGAUGAGCCGCUGGUCGAGCAGCGCCACGUGCAGGUCCUCCACCGUCAUGCCCAGCUGCAGGGCGUCCAUCCUAGCGUCGCGCGCCAGCCCGUCAAAUGCCUUACGAAUCCCGAUUAUCAGCCGCACCUGCCACCACAACACACACAAUGAAUGCCCGUGUGAGUGUGUGUGCGGGUGUGUGGUAUACCUUUUGUAUGGCCCUUCUCCAUCUGGCAAUGGGGUGCAUGUGUAUGUCGUUGUCGUCGCCGUCGAUUGUGUGUCGGUCGUGGUCACUGCUCUGAGAGGAGAAAGUCCGCAGCUUGGACGCUAUCCGCCGCAACACGCCCAUGCCGGCUGCACGAGCACAGAGCAGAGGAGUUAUAUGUCCCUUUAUGUCUCGAGUGGGGUGGAUGUGGUGUACCGUUCCCGCCAGAUCCGGCGGUGCCUUCAUCAUCGCCGCUGGUGCCUGCCCUGGGUGACGACAUCCGUCGGCCGAUGUCGCUGGCCAUCGACAGAGUGGUCUUCGUCUCGAAACGCCGCGACGCCCCAGCAGACCUGCAGCAGCGAAACAAACGACACACGCGUGUGUACCACUCUGGAGGAGGAGAAGAUGAUGUCUCUGUGCAAAGGGCACUACCUGGCCGUCUGUGGUGGAGGUGUGACGUCUCCCUCUGAGCCCCCGGGCAGCACAUGCCCCUCAGACACCGACCGCUCCACCUGCUCGGCCGGCAGCGUGGUGUCCUGCUCCUGCUGCUGCUGGUCUGCCGCGAGCACCUCAUUCUCCUUCACACUGGCCAGAAAGGAGUGGCCCUUCGGCAGCAAGGCCGGCGGCUCGGUGGCGUUGACCACAUCGGAGUCCGAUGCGGAGCGGUCGAGCUGGUGAGGUGGGGUCGCGUCGGGCGACCGGCUCCUGGGGCUGGGGCUGCGAAAUGCACCUACGGCAUUCACCACCUUGCGAAGCCGCUUGGCUCCUGACACACACGCACACACACACACAGAGAGAGAUAGGGAAAGUGCCCCUUGUGUGUGUGUGUUGGAUUGUCCCUGUCACCCACACACACACACCUGCGCCAGGCUGUGGCUGGUGCUCGUCUUCCGGCACGUCAAGUGUGGCUUGGGAUUCGAACGUGCGGCUGAUGCUGGGAGCGUUCUGCGAUGGGGAGGUGGCGACCGAAGGACUUGACGAGAGGGCCUUGCUGCAGCCCGACAGACACGUAACAACGACACACACAUCCCAUGGUUGGCAAUGAUGUGCGUGAGAUGGUGUGGUCACCUUGAAGUAUGGCUGAACGAGUUGUGCGACCCCGGAGCCAAUUUCUGUAUCCUUCGCCGCAGGUUGACCAGGUGCCGCAGCACCCGCACGCCCGGCGACUCCUGCUGCGUGCCCGACAGCAGCAGGUUCGGGUCGACCUGUCGGAUCAUCUCUCUCGCCUCCGCCAGUUUGUUCUGCAGCGCCUUUCGGCGGAACACCCGGACCAGCGUCUCGUGGACGAAGAACACGUCGAAGUAGGCCACGUGACGGUGCAGCUGCGGGAUGAUGGCCUCCUGCAGAGAGGGAGGAAGGAGACGAGAGAGAGAGAGAUGGAAGAGUGCGGUGUGUAUAUGUGUGUGUGUUUAUGUGUGUGUGUCGUCGAUCUCACGUUGAAGCACUCUCUGAGGAAGUUUCGCUCCGCCUCUGAGAGCUGCGAUAUGUCUAGCAGCUCGCCACCCUUACUGCACGCACAGAGGCACCACAUGUGAGUAACACGUACGUGUGUGUGUGCGUGUGUGUGUGUGUACCCCGGUCUGAGGAGUAUCCUGGCCUGGUCGAGCAUUGUGAGGCGCCUGAUGAGCUUCGGCACACGCCGCCGGGGACACGACCAGGCCUUCCGCCUUGGCCUGACCAAUGACGAAUGCACGUGUGUUGUGUUGUCCGGAUGGUUCUGUGCAAACAAACAUGUGGCUGCCUGCACGACUCUCUCACAUCUCGUUGUUGAGUUCCCUCUCUCUCUGCGCGUGGUAUCUCUUCUCGGCCUUCUGGAAAUAAGGCCGCAGAAACCACAGAGCCGCGCGAAAGACGAAGAACACCUGUGCACACAGACAGAGACACAGACACAUGUACGCCUUCAUGUGUGUGAGUGCACCGCGCCCUACAUGCAGGCAGACAACGAACACCACCACGGCGUACUCGGCGCCCGCCUCAGCCACCGCCCCGGUGUCCACGAGCUCCUCCUCCACCCUCAGGUUCUCCAGCACCGGGAUACACAGGAGGGUCAGCAGGAAGGCCCACAGCGCCUGGGACUCGAGAUGGUCACAUAUCUUGAAUGCACGGUUGUCAUACGGCUGGAAGGCAGCUGCAGCGGACACACACACACACGGUCUGUCUUGGGGAGGGGUGGUGGGCGUGCUGACCGUUAAGGAAGAGGGAGAUGACGGCGAGCAGCAGGAGGACAAUCAUUUCGUGCUCGGCGCCGAGGAAGGGGAUGGCCGGGGGCAGGUCCACUAUGAUGCGGCGGAACAUGGCCCACGACUCCCACCAGUAGAAAUCAGGCCUAUAUAUAAGCACACAAACAACAUACACACCACACAUGACAUGAGUGGCUGGCCGGUUCUCUUGCUCUCUGUCGGUGCUCGGUGCGGUGUCUGCCGUCUUUCGCUCACUCAUAGCCCGCGAAGAGGAAGCCGAAUCGCGCCAUGACGCUUUCCUCAUGUAAGCGGUGCCGAUGCUGCGCCGCAGAAUCAGAGGUGAGCCGUGGGGCUCUGUGUGUGUGUGUGUGUGCGCCAAGCUUGCCUGUCUGAGAAUGAGGUACAUGGCGAUGGGCAGUCCUGCUGUCCACAGGACCAUGCCGACGAGCGACAGGGUGAACCAGUACUGGAAGUGGUGGCCGGUGCACUCGAUGGACGGAUGGGACCUCACGCGCGGCCCGUCCAGCACCACACAGUCGAGGUUGUUGAUGAAGCACUUGGUCAUUAUCGGGUGGAACAAAACCACACACACUACCUGGUGGACACACACAACACACAACACACAACACACAUACACGGUGGCACCAAUGGGGUGUGUGUGUGUGUCUGAGUGUGUGUGUUUCCCUCCCUCCCUCCCUCCCUCCGUCCCUCCAGCUGGAUUGCAUUGCACUAACCACGCACGAGGUGGCUUUGCGGUGGACCUCUGUGAGCCACGGUAGUGCCUCUGCGUCGUCCUUGCCCUCGAGGAAGCGCUUCAUCCGGCCGACGUAGAUGUUAUCGUUCUCGCCGAUUCCCGUCGACGGCAUUCGGCUGAUCCGACGGUUGGGGACAUGUACGGGCUGCUCCUGAAUCGGUCAAAUCAGAUCAGACCACACCACACCACACCCGUACACAGCGUCACGUCGGGGUGUGUCUGUCUGCCGACCGUGCAUGGGUCGAUGCUGUUGGUGCGGUCCACGCCUCGCUCAGCAUCAGGGGUCAGCGGCAGGCCGUGCCGCUUCCGGUCGAAAUACACCUUCCCUGCACACACACACAGACACAGAGUAUUGCACAGCACACACGCGCCCGCCAGAGUCUCUGCGUACCCGCAUAGAAGCCGUAGGCCAGGAGGACGGCCACAGGGGGAAACAGAAAUGCCAGCAGCGCGUAGAAAUGGAUCGCCGGAAAGGUUCGCAACAGGCACUCUGCCCGACAGACAACACACCCAACACACAAUACAGUACAGCAUCCACUGAGCAUGCCAUCCCUGUCUCCCUCCGUGUCUCUCCCACCCACCGAUGCCUAUGAAGUUUUUCAGCGGGUUUGUGAGCGAGUCGAGGUAGCCCACCCCCUCUGUGAGCUGCCGGAACACGUCGAGGUUGACGUUCUCCAUCGCCAUCCCCACAGCGGGCCCACACAUCUCCAGCCACGUCUGGACGAUCUUCACAAUCACCGCCUGCAGACUCAGCGUCUCCAGCCCCUCGCGCAGCGUCGACCGCACCAGGAAGGCGAUGAUGGUCAGUGCGACGACGGGGAAGAGCACGAUCUGCCAACGGGCAGGCACCACACACAGACACAUGCAUCUCUUUCUCCCUGUGUGAGUGCAUGUGUGUGUGUGGCGUACCUUUGACCAUGACCAGAUGGGGGAUGGGCACUCCUGGCACUCUCCUCCGCCAGUGGGGGGCGCGUAUCCACGGCUGCAGUCAGCACACAGCGGCCCAAGCGAGCCCUCGCCGCAAGUGUUGGCACCCAUGCACCGCGCGUCAUUGGGACACUGCACAAAAGUGUACCUGCACCCAGACGCCCACCCAGGCGGCGCUUGAGUCGAUCUAUGCUAUGCGUGUGUGGUGGAUGUGUGGAUGCGACGCACACGUACGCGUUGCUGGACUGAGCGACGGGGUCGAACCCAUCGUAGAGGCGGAACAUCGUUCCCUGCAGCCAGGCGUACCCCAGCCUGUUCACAAGUGCCUCCACCUCCUCGUCUGCACCAAGAAUAAGGAAGAUACACCCACGCGACGCGACGCAACGCAACGCUCUGGCUGUGUCGUGACCCACGAACUCACUGACUGACCGGUCAUGUUGUCGAAUUUGUCUUCUCUCCGCUGCCUGUACAGAUUGUCGAACCGGUAGAACCCCGGCAGUGCGUCAGGAUCCGCGCGCUGACGCGGCAACGAGCAAUUCGCUCCCACAGGACACUGACAAGUGACAUCAUCAACACACGCACACACACACACACACAGACACAUGGCUUUCAUCUCGCCUCUCUCCCUCUCCCCCCCCACACCCACACACACACACACACACAUGCUCAGCUCAGCUCAGCUCACCAGCCGACAUGUGGCUGCCCCGGACACCUCUGCAACAGUCCCCUCGACGCAGGCCGAACAAUACUGGCUGGCGGAGGUGGCUGCGUAUGUGCCGGGGGUGCACCUCAGACAAACCACCGCCCCCUCGCGCGAGAACGUCCCCUCCGGGCAUACGUCGCACUGGCCCAUCCCCAUCCGCGGCGCCGCCUUGCCGGCCACACAGGGGAGGCAGAAGUCGAUGCCAUCGACACGGAAGUGGCCCGGGGGGCAGGGCGAGCAGACGUCCAUGGACCGCCACGUGGCGUUGUCGAUCUCGAAUCGGUGCCAGUAGUCCUCUGAUGGCGGCUGGUACCCAAGCCGGCAGCCGAACAUCCGAGGGUCGAUCUUAAUCUGACAAAUGGAUAAAUGGAUGGAUGGAUGGCAAAAGAAACGUUUCGAGCCCUGUGCUGUGUGGAGGCGUGUGUGGCGCACCCUCAGUGGCUCCUCCCUCAUGUGCCGUGCCAGCGAUGCAGGGAUGCCUAACACACACACAGACAGACACACAGACAGACAGACAGACAGACAGACACACAGAUAAGUACUACGUGCAGACAUGCAGUAAGUCCAUGUACCCACCUGGCUGGAGAUUGGGGUUCUCUAUGAGCGUGAUGGAGUUGGUGAGAGGGACGUCGUCGAACACGUCAGGAAGCGGACCCGCAAACUGAUUCCGCUGCUCAAACCAAACGACAACACAACAGAACCAACGAAAUACGCCAAUUGACACGCGUCCGUCCGUCCGCUUCACAUGGAGGAAUAUGGUGGAAGCCAUCUUGAGGCCGCCAAUGGACUGCGGGAUCAAACCGGAGAACCUACACACACACACACACGCGCGCGCGCGACGCAUCAGGACAUCUGUCUCUACUUGGUCGGUCGGGUGAACUUGCCGUGACACGUACAUGUUGUAAGACAGGAAUAGGUAGGUGAGGUUUCUCAUGCCGGGGUAGUAGUUGCCGUCCCUUCCCCAGCCACCCCCGAUGCACGGCGGAAGCGGGCCUGAGAACAGAUUCCGCUCCAGCCGAAACCUGCACACACCGAGACACACACGCACACACACGUGUGGAUGAGUGAUUGAUGGUCAGGGGGGUGAGGCGGGUGGGGUGGGCUCACUCGACGAUGCUUGUGAGGUUGCAGAUGGUGUCGGGCAGCUCCCCCUGGAUGCGGUUGCCCUCUAUGUUGAAGUCCGUGAGGGCGCCGCAGUUGCCCAGCGACUCGGGCAGCUCCCCAACCAGCAUGUUCUGCUCAAGGAGCAACAUCUUCAGCUUCGACUCGCGCCCGCUGCCCCUGCAUUACAUGGACACAGACACACACACACACACACACACCCCAGGGAGGGUGUAGCUGUGGGUGAGGACUGUUUUGUGUGUGUGUGUGUCUGUUGUGUGUGUGUACUUUGACGGGCAUAGGUUUGGUUCGAGUGACGGGAUAGGGCCGUCGAACCUGUUCCUCGCGAGGACAAGCCCCUGGCAGUGCUUCAGCUUGCCCAUACUCUUGGGGAGCGGGCCGCCCAGACCUAAAGGACACACACGCGGAGACACUCGUAUGUGUGUGUGUGUGUGUGUGUGUGUGUUAUGUGUGUUAGUGUGGGAGAGGGGCGAGGGGCCGUACCUUCGGCGCCUUGCAUGAUGAUGUAAUAGGCGUCCCUCUCGCAGAGGAUGGCGGCCCACAUCGAACAGAAAGGCGAAGAGACGUUGAGUCGCCAGCCGGUCCACCGCUCCAACAGGCCAGUGGCGUUGUUGUGCGACAAGAGAUCGAAGUAGAACUCGAUGACCGACAGGCGGUCCUCGUCACACACGUGGCACCGCGCCCCGCACAAGACACAGUCCUUCGGGACCGUCACCGACCUAAUCUCAACCCACACAGAGGCACACCCACAGAGAGAGAGUGUGGUGGGUCUGGUGGUCGGUGUGUUGCUGACCUGCCGGGCCAGACGGGCUGGUAGGUCCUGUUUCGCUCUCCCCGAUCAAAGUUCCAGGUUCCUGUUUGUUUGUGUGGGUGGGUCCGCCACACGUCAGUGCUUGUGUGUCGACUGGCGUGUGUGCGUGUGUGUGUGUGUGUGUGUGGUUGCGUACCGUUCUUCCACUCGGCGGCUUCGAUCCACUUGCCUUGGUCCCACCGGUUGUUUAGCACCACAUACCGGCCCUCGGCUACACACACACACACACACACACACACGGGAGGAAUGUGAGUACCACCAUCGCAUCGCAUCCCAUUAGUGUGUGCGAGAGUGUUAAGUGUGUGUGUACCCUCUUUGUCGCUGCCCAGGUGUAUGGGCCCCGUCAGCCCUUCCAUGUGGACGUCCCUCAACGCGUCCAGCAACACCUCACCUGAACACACGCACACACGCACACACACACACGCACACACGUGUGCCUGCACGUUUCCAUGGUGCCUGUCUCUCUGUUCACCCAAGGGAUUGACCAUCCAGGUGGCCGGAUCGGUGCUCGUCGGCUCAGUGAACGGAGGCAGCUCAUCUGUGUACACACACACAGACACACAGACACACACAGACAUUCAUUUAACAAUGCCCUCACUCACCGUCGAAUCUUUUGAGCGCCUCGUCCACCCCUUUGGCUGCGAACAUGGCGGCGUCGUACGAGUGCGCCACAUAGUUGUCAACGCGACUGCGGUCGGCCUCAGACACGUUCAGGCGGUCAGCCAGCCUACACACACACACACACACAAUGGACACUUGCGAACACACAGGUGGGAGGUGCAUUAUUGGUCAAGGAUAUGAUAUGUGUGUACGUGGCUCGAGUGUCGGUUCCGUUGGCUAUGGAGGGGAUGACGGCGAGGAAGCCGCCAGUGGCGUUGAGAAAGUCGGGGUCGGGCACUAUGUCCAGAAUGGUGUCCGUCCCAAUCCUACACACACACGUGUGUGUGUGUGUUUGUAUCCAGGCAUCGCACGUCGGUGUCAUCAUAUGGAGGGAUGGAUGGAUGGCUACCGACCGACCAUACCAUGCGGUGCCUCUGUCGAGGACGCGGCUUUGUUCUGCCGCCCUGAGUAUGGCGGGCAGCAUGUCCUUGCUCACCGCCAGGAUGAACACAGCGGCAUCCUCACGGACAUAGAUCCCUAAACAACACAACCACGCCAACGCAGCAAACGAUUGGUAUCUAUCGUGUGUCUGUCUGUGUGAGUUUGAGUGCGUGUGCGUACCCUCCAGUAUUUCAACGAGCUCCUCUACAGGUCUGUCGCCCACUGCGUAUCCCAGGGGGCUGAUCUUGUAUGAGGGCGCCAGGCUCUCAAAAGCCGUCUGGAUGCCCUCACCUGCACACGCACAGCCAGCCAUCGACAACACACCUACACACCCGCGCAUCGCAGACACGUGAGUGUGUUCACUGAUCACCGACCGUAUCCGUCAUUGGUGUGCAGAAUGACGAGCCGCUCCCACUUGAAGUGCUGGCACAUGUCCAAGAUCACUUUCACUUGGAACACGUCAGACGGCACCAAACGGAAAAAGGCUUUAUACCUGCAGCCAGCCGGGGGGGAAGCACACACACCAAUGAGCGUACACAAAACAAGAGGGAACACUUUUGCUGCAGGGGUGGGCGGGGAUGCAUCUCAUCUAUCUAUUUACCGGACGAGUGUCGGUGCGGUGGCAGUGGGCGACACGAGCGGUAUGUGGAAGAAGCCGGCGAGCGGCAGGGCCGCCGCCGACAUGCUGCUGCUCAUCGGGCCCACCACUAUGCUCACCUAAUACACAGAAAGCAAGGCAACAUCGGCGCAAUGCUGUCACUCCGCCCUCCCGUCCUGACUCACCUCCUUCUCAAUCAUCUCCCGCACAGCCAGCAGCCCCCUGAUCGAAUCAGCCGUCGUGUCGCCCACCAGAAGCUCCACCUGCAGACGCAGACACACACACACACACACACGUACGUGUGUGUCCAUGUUGAUUGCUCACACACACGUGUGUGUGUGUGUGUCCAUGUUGAUUGUUCUCAGUGUGACUCACAGUGUAGUUGGUGAGAAUGUCGGGGUCAUUGUUGAUGUCAUCGAUGGCCAGCCGAAUGGCCGCCUCCCUCACCGUGUCCUUCUCGGCGUUCAGCAGCGCACCUGCACAAUCACAAGCAAGCAACAGUCAAAAUCACGAUAGAUGGACAGACAAGCAAACCACUCUCAUUCAGUCAGUCACGAUUGAGAAGUGCGCGCACCGAGGCGUAUGGUGCUCCGCUGGGCGCUCGAGAGCCACAGGAGCGAUAAGGCGCAUAAGCAGACGAGAGAUCUCAUGCUGGUCUGCGACGGAAGGGCCCUGUGACUCAGGGGCUCAUGCACAUCGUCGCGCCAGCGAGAUAAUCGAUGAGAGAUGUCGAUCAAUGGCAGAUGGGCACAUCGGCGGCAUGUGAAAGCCGCGCUGUCGUGUUGAUGUCCCUUCU